AAUGUUUAUUCUACGAUUAUCAAGGCAGACAGUUUUGUCAUUUCGUAAUCUGAGUAUUGGUAGUUCUGAAGUGGCAGCUCCUUCUGCAUUUGCAAAUGAUAGGUGGUCAGUGUUAGUUGUGCAUCCAAAGGUUCGAUGGGGAUCUGGAUCAGCUUCAGUAUUGAAACAAGCAGAUCGACAACUUGAAGAAGCUGUUGCACUUGUCGAUAAUCUUCCAAAUAUGAAUGCUGUUGACAGUCUUAUCAUGCCAGUCGACUACAAUACAAAAAGGAAAGCUGUUUGGGCGUCUGGAAAUUUAGAAAAGUUGAUUGCUCGACGAGAAGCUGCACGUGCCACUGCAUUAAUGGUGAAUGUUGAUGCAUUGAGCCCAUCGCAGCAACAAGAACUCUACCGAAUUUUCGAAGUUCCUAUUUUUGAUCGAUACAACAUUGUUUUGGCAACUUUCAAACAAUUUGCAAAAACUGAAGAAGCUCGGAUUCAGAUUGCUAUUGCCGAAAUUCCGUACAUCAAACAUCGAAUUCAUGCUCUUUCAUCGAAACGAUUGCAUUCACGUCCGGAUAUUCUACACAUUGACUCACACUAUUCCGAUAUCGAUGGCGAUCUGAAUGAAAUUCUUCGAAAACGAGAGCAAGACCUACGUAAAGAGCUAAAAGAUGUGACUCGGAAAAAUGUUGGACAACUCGGUGUGAGAAAUUCAUCAGACGCCGUUGUUGCAGUUGUCGGAUACACGAAUUCUGGAAAAACUAGUUUAGUGAAAAAACUGACUGGAGCCGCAUCCCUGACGCCGAAGGAUCAGUUGUUUGCCACAUUGGACACCACACGCCACUUGGCAAAGUUACCUUCUGGUCGAUCAGCUGUGUUUACUGAUACAAUCGGAUUUUUGAGCGAUUUGCCAAUGCAUUUGAUUGCGGCAUUCGAAGCUACGCUGGCUCAUGUGAAAUCUGCGGAUGUGAUAAUCCACCUUCGAGACAUUUCCAAUCCGGACUGGAAAGCACAAGAAGAAGAUGUUCUGGCAACACUUAAAUCCAUUGGAGUUACAGAUUAUGUACUCAACGAAAGGAUAAUUUCUGUUGAUAACAAGAUCGACAAAGAAUCUGCAUUUCCCACUUCCGAAUCAAACAAUUCCGUACGAAUUUCGUGUAAAACAGGUGAUGGUAUGCAUGAACUCAUUGAUGUUAUCAACGAUAAAGUUACAAUGGUUACAAAGUGCAAAACGAUUCGACUUCGUCUGGAUGCUCGAUCACCAGUAAUUGAAUGGCUUUAUCAUAACGAAUUAGUGGUCAUUGAGCCCACCAUCGAUGGAAAUUAUUUAAUUUUUGACGUUGUUAUGAACGAAUCGGAAAUCGGUCGAUUCCGUAAAAAAUUUGCUCAUUUAAAAAAGAAGAACUCACAAUCUGUUUCUCUAUAAAAUAGUAAUAAAUAUUUUUUAUUUA